AUGGCUUCGUCGCGGGAGUCGCAGCGCUCACUGCUAUCCGAAGAUUCGAUCGACGCUCCACCCCAACGUUCUUGGAAUCCACUCAACAAUCGCCGAGCCGACUCGGAUUAUCGCUAUCAUGCCCCCUCAGACAGCACCAGCAGCUGGUCCGAGGAAGUCCUGCGCGAUGUUGGUUUGGGCAUCUCGAACUCAUCGGGCGACACCAUCCCCGCAGAACUCCCAGCAGACAAGCGCCAUUCGACCGAUAGCACUGCGACUACGACUCCAAAUACCUACAAUAUUCCGGAGACUCCGCAGACUCCACAUGCCCACUCCCAUGUGCGGUGUCCCAACCGAGCAACUGUUCUCCAGAGACGUCUCUCGUGGGUCCCGUUGACGGUCUUGAUUCUCGCUAUCUAUGCCACCAUUUUCUCGGGUAUCUAUCUCGUUAUUGCGCUGCGCAAGCCCCGAUGGCGCAAUAUCUCUAUCCACGGGCCGUUGGUUCCGUCUACGGCAGCUUUGUUGAGCUCAUUUUUUGCGAAGACGAUCGAGCUGGCAUAUGUGACGAUCUGCGUCGCGUUUCUAGGACAGGUGCUUAGUCGGAGGGCUUUGAUGAGGGAUUCUCGGGGAAUCAGCAUUUCGGAUAUGAACAUGAGAGCCUGGAUUAUGCAGCCCGGAUCUAUGAUCGUGCAUUGGGAGGCGCUACGAUAUUCGGCGCUCACUUUCCUCGGGUCGGUUGCAUUAGUUGCGACGUUCGUGGCGAUGCUAUACACCACUGCGGCGCAAGCUUUGGUUGCUCCCAAACUCUCCUUUAGUCCUAUCGAACCAACGAUACUCCAGGGCAAGGUAGCCACCAGCUUUGCAAACACAUAUUACGUCGGACCAAACUGCGAGACACCCGUCACUGUCGCCAUGGACUCCGAGUAUCGCAACACGACCUGCCUCCAGAUUGACCACGUCGGCCACGCAUAUCACAACUACCAGCAAUGGAUAACCCAAUGGAGCCAGCUGGUAACCAGCAAGAACGAAACCUCAAGCCAACUCCGAAAGCGCCCACAGCCAACAGGCUCGCUCUGGGACAACACCACAGUAACAGGAAGCUGGAUCGACAUCCAAGACAUGGCCACGCUCUCCAAGAAGCACAGUCGGAUGGUCAACAAUAUAACAAUGGCAAUGCCGCACGGCGGCAUCCCCGCCGCAGCAAUGAACACCAAAAACAAUCUCAAACAACCCAUAGACACUUCCGGCGAAGGAAAAUAUAACAUAGAAGCCUCCGUCCCCUCACCAGCCGUCAACGUCCUCUGCGCCGGAAUGACCAAAAAGGAGCUCAGUCCCCUAGUCUACGCCUCCUGGCCCGGCGGCGACAAAUUCAAUGUAACAACCUGGAACUCCUCACCACCAGAAAACAUACCCCAUCCCGCAGACUGGAAAAACAGCACAGUCGUCGACUCACUCUUUCAAUUCGGCCCAAAAUACAGCCAAGUCUCACCCAUUUUCGGUAAAUAUCCACUCCCAUACAACACAAUCCUCAACACAACAGGUGUAUGGCCCGCAAACGCUAUCUACCUCCUCGGCGCAACACCGCCAACCAACAACACCAACAUGCCAGAGUACGUGAUGUGCUCUUUGCGCGCGAAACAAACAGGUACAUGCUCUACCAACUAUUCCGCCGACACGAGCGGUGCAUCCCUCAGCACGAACUGCGAGAACCCCUCAAACGGUCUACAGUACGACCGUCGCCAAGGCACGUACUACGAAGGCGUGUGGGAAGCAGACUGGAAGAAUAUCGCGUCCGAGUGGGGGAAUUCCCUGAGCUUGAAUGCGGGUAUUUCAGACGGCGCGGCUAGUAACGCCAGACUGCUGAUGCAGAUGAUGCCACGGUAUGACAAGACCGAGGAGACUUUUACGCUGGACCCGACUAUGCCAUCUAUUGCCGAGGCGUUGGCGGUCAUGGCUGGGAGCACGCUUAUCCUUAGCUCGCAGAAUGCGCCGUUCGUUCCGUUCUGGAAUUACAGUACCGAGAACAAGAAUGUGCUUGCCGAGCCUGUUUACCAGAUCUUUAAUGCUUCUAUCCAGGCUGUUGGGUAUGCUUCCUUUGGGGCGGAGAAGUGGCAGGGGAUAUUCUACGUGAUUCUCGUUUUUGCAUUUCUGACCAGCGCUGUCUGUCUCGGGUUUAUGAUUGUCGAGGCGCGCGGUCGACAGGUGACUGAUUUUACGGAGCCGCAGAAUCUGUUUGCGCUUGCAGUGAAUAGUCCGCAGACGAGUCGGUUGGAGGGUGCAUGUGGAUGUGGGCCUUGGGGAAAGCAGUUGAAGGAGAGGUGGUUUAUUGGGAUGGAGGAGGAUGAUGAGCAUUAUUAUAUUCGGAGUAAGACGGAAGAGAAGAUUCCUCUUCUUCGGAAGACGGUGGAUUCGAUGCCUCUGGAGCCGAUGGAGAUUGAAGAUGGCGGUGGGAGGAUGCUCAGUCCCAUGGUUGAUGAGUUUAGGAAGGUCUCGAAGCGGCAUUCGUUUUUGGCGAAGCUGUAUUGA